GCUUGCAGCCUCUCUCUCUCACACACACACACAAACGCAAUCGUUAUGGAAAUGUUAACUGCUUUAUUACCUGCUGCUCUAAUCUCUCUAGUUGUAGUUGUAGCACUACUCCUGUUUAUACGAGCAGCAGCAGCAGCAGCAGUAUUCAUGAUCAAGAAUAAUGCUGGGGCUGGCUCCUCCACGCCAUCUCUCCCACCUGGCCCGUCCAAGCUCCCGCUGAUCGGCAGCAUCCACCAUCUGAUGGCCACCGGCGGCGAGCUCCCCCACCACACCAUCACCCGUCUCGCCCGCGAGCACGGCCCGGUGAUGCACCUGCAGACGGGGCAGGUCGGCCUCGUCGUCGUCUCCUCCCGCGAGGCGGCCAGGGAGGUCAUGAAGGUCCAGGACGCCAACUUCGCCCACCGCCCGGAGCUCACGGGGCCCAAGACCCUCCUCUACGGCUGCGCCGACCUCGCCUUCGCCUCCGGCGCCCACUGGGCGCCGCUGCGCAAGAUGUGCGUCGUCAAGCUCCUCUCCUCGAGCCGGGUCAGGUCCUUCGCGCCCGUCCGGAGGGAGGAGACGCGCGCCCUCGUGGGCAGGAUCGCCGGGCAGCCGCCGGGCACGGCUGUCGACCUCCGGCCCAUGCUCGAGGCCCUGAGCAGCGCCGUCGUCAGCAGGACGGUGCUGGGCGAGACGUUCGAGCACAGGGGCGCCAUCCUGAAGGAGGGCCUCAAGCUCACGUCGGGGUUCAACCUGUCGGACCAUUUCCCGUCGCUGAGCUUCCUCGACGUCCUGACGAGGCGCCGGCUGCGGCGGGUGCACCGUCAGGUCGACGAGAUCCUCGAGGACAUCAUCGGAGAGCGCAAGAAGCUCCGGCAGGACAAGUCCAAGGACACCACGGAGAACAUGCUUGAUGUGCUUCUCGAUGCCAUGGAACGGCAGGACAUGGAGGUGCCCAUUACGCAGGACAACAUCAAGGCCGUGAUCAUGGACAUGUUUGUCGGUGGGACAGAGACAACAUCGACAACGAUGGAGUGGGCACUGGCAGAGCUGAUGAAGAACCCAAAAGAGAUGGCCAAAGUGCAAGAGGAGGUGAGGACGAAAAUGCAGGUAGGAGAGACGCACCUGGGAGACAACAAUGUCGGGCAGCUCAGCUACCUCAAGCUCGUCGUCAAGGAGACGUUCCGGCUGCACAUGCCGGCGCCUCUACUAGUCCCCAGGGUCUCCAAGGAGCAGUGCCGUCUCGGCGGCUACACGAUCCCGGCCGGCAACAGGGUGGUGAUCAACGUGUGGGCUAUGGGCAGGGACCCCAGCUACUGGGAGGAUGCAGAGACGUUUCGUCCGGGGAGAUUCCUUGACAGGAACGUCCACUUCAAGGGGACGAGCUUUGAGUUCCUGCCGUUCGGUGCUGGCCGGAGAAUUUGCCCCGGAAUAGAGUUUGGGCUCGCCAUCAUCGAGCUUUGCUUGGCUCAGCUCCUCUUCUAUUUCGACUGGAAGCUUCCGGGCGCCAUGGCACCAGAGGACCUCGACAUGAGCGAGACAUCAGUCAGUGCGCUAUCAGUAUUCCGGAAGGAGCCACUGCGGUUGAUCCCCAGCAUGCAUGCUCCGUUUGACCUCAAGAAUUGAUUGUUGAUGGUGUUGCUGAUAAAAAGUUAAGGGCUUCACAUAUAGGACCAAAUAUUAGUGAUUGGCAUUUUUUAGAGUUUAAUAAACUUUAUAGAAAAAUACACCAACAUUACCGCACUAAAUUAGUUUACAGGGGUUUUUUAGGGAACUAAAUUAGUUUACAGGUUUUGUUUUGAGAAAUCGGGUUUGUAUUUCAUAUGAAAAUCUUGGUGGUUACAGUCCGGUUGUUACAACGACUCCCAUGAAACAAAAGAUAAAUACA